UUGGCAGAGUUGCACCGAUGAACGUUAGUCUGGUCACUUUUCAAGCGUUUUUCAACCGUUUUACAGGAUAUUUCCAAAUCAGCAGAGAUGUCAUCGCCUCUAUCAAAGCCCCAGAUUAUUGCGCACAUUCAGAAGAGCUUGAACUACACCGUUUUUGACAGUAAAUGGAUUCCGUGCAGUGCGAAGUUUGUCUGCUUGGGGAACUUUCCCAGAGGAACCGGAGUAAUGCAGAUAUAUGAAAUGCAGCACGGAGAGGCUCAGCUUAUUAAGGAGGUGGAGAAACCUAAGCCCAUAAAAUGUGGGACAUUUGGGGCCACCUCUCUUCAACAAAGACACAUAGCAACUGGGGAUUUUGACGGAAAUCUCAAUAUAUGGAAUCUGGAGGCACCUGACAUCCCAGUGUACAGUGUAAAGGCCCAUAAAGAAAUAGUGAACAGUAUCGAUGGUGUUGGUGGCCUGGGGAUUGGUGAUGGUGCACCUGAGAUAGUCACUGGAAGCAGAGAUGGGACAGUAAAGGUGUGGGAUCCCAGACAGAAGGAUUCACCUGUAGCCAACAUGGAACCCAUGGAAGGAGAAACCAAGAGGGACUGCUGGACUGUAGCAUUUGGUCACGCCUUUAAUGAUCAGGACCGCUGUGUUUGUGCUGGCUAUGACAACGGCGACAUCAAACUCUUUGACCUGCGGAACAUGUCUGUACGGUGGGAAACCAACAUUAAAAAUGGGGUAUGCUGUGUGGAGUUUGACAGGAAAGACAUCAACAUGAACAAGCUGGUAGCCACCUCACUGGAGGGAAAAUUCCACGUCUUUGACAUGAGGACCCAGCACCCCACCAAGGGCUUCGCCUCUGUUUCCGAAAAGGCUAAUAAGUCAACCAUCUGGCAGGUGAGACACUUGCCUCAAAACAGAGACAUCUUCAUGACUGCAGGGGGAGCAGGCAACCUACAUCUGUGGAAGUAUGAGUAUCCUGCUCAGAGAAGCAAGAAGGACUCGAAUGAUGUGGAUGUGGGCGUAGCCGGCACUGUCAACCUCUUACAGAACGUCACUCUGUCCACUCAGCCAAUCGCCAGCCUGGACUGGAGUCCUGACAAGCAGGGCCUGUGUGUGUGUUCAGGCUUUGACCAGUCUGUCCGUGUGCUCAUCGUCACCAAACUCAACAUGGUGUGAAAAGGUAGGCUGCAACAAAAACUGAUGGUCUUCGCAGGCCAAUACAAAACAGGAUGCAACUACAUGGAUGUGCCAGUAGUGUUUAAAUGACUGCCUUUUUGUGAGGCUGAAUUGUACGUUUGGUGAUCGUUGGACUGAUGACCUUCUAUUUGAAGACAACAGUUUCCUACUGCAGGACUUGGCAGCUGUCCGUCUAGAUUUCGUACGACUGAUACUCAUCUUUAGAUUUAGCUUGGCAGGAAAGAAUUUUAUUCACAUGAAGUGGGAAAUCUUUUGUGUGGGUUAUGUCAUUUAGUCCCUGAAAAACGUUUUGCACUUGGCUGAGCCUUGGAGGCGAUGUUAUCCUCUAGUGCAGAGAAAUGUCCCUGUAACACAAUGAUACAUUUCCCAGAUUAGCAAAAACCCUCUAUUAGGUUGGAUAAAUGAGUCAUACAGCCUCUGGCUUGGAAUAACACUUUGGGGAUCAAGAUUUAAUUUCUUUAUCUAUUUCCAUUUUUGUAGGAUGCUCACUGAAACACCUGUCUUUUGUUGCACUAUUGGUGAACGUUGUACCCCAGAUUGUCUUAUUGUUAUAAGUUGUCACUUUUGAUAUGAUAUUUUAAUGAGAACUCUUCAGAUUAAAUGUGCGUUUGGAGAAAAAAAACAAAACACUUUCUCAGCGUCCUCUAUCCAGUGUGAAAGGCUUGUUUAUAACAUCAGGAGUAAGUAAGGUAAAGAGAAGUGCUAUUUGUAUGAACACAUUCUUAUCAGCUCAAGACAAAAGAGUCACAUAAGGAUCCAGCAGGAUUAAUACAGCCAUUUGCUAGAAUGUUCCAAGCAUUAUCAUAUCCAGCAUUUGAACUUGAAGAAGUCCUGUAGAUCCUGGUCGUCCUCCUGUCUGUCAUUGAUCCUGGCAUAGACACUCCUCAGCAGCUUUGUCAUGGACUUUCCAUCCAAGAUGUCGAUGUAUUUCUCUAUGCAACCUACAAAGGCGGCCACAGAUUAGUACAAAUUCUUUAACGUAUGAAGGCUUUCUUUUCAAAAUGACAUCCCAAAUGUCGGUCACACUGUUUGAGGUGCGUUUUACAUUUUUUGAAACGGUCUUAGUCAUCUCAGAUGAGCGUUCAUGUAAUAAUACUUAAUACUUGCUUUGUGCAUCAUCAGAUAUUUAUCUGACGUCAUGCUGCAUGUAUGUACUCUAUGUAACAGGUCAUGCAAUCUAUCUGGCUAUCGCACCUGUUGAAUGUGGUACCUCUCUAUAAAUAGCAUGUCAUGGCCCAUCUGAUUGGGCCUGGCUGCAUGAUUUCAACACAACACUGUAUUUAAACAACACACUUAUUAAAUAUAGUCAAAGUGACUACUAAGAAAAUGUAAUAAAAGUCAGUUCAUAUUUUUCUGUGACUGACAGCGUUGACGUGCAACCUGUAAAUUCUUAAGUAUUUUACAAAAUUCUGUUCGUCUGUGCCAAAUUAUUAUAAAAUG